ACCGCCCUCCCUCUCUCCCUCUCUGUGUGUGUGUGUGUCGGCCAUGGCGCGCCCGGAGCAGCUCCUCGUCCUGGAGCCGCCCAACGAGCUCAAAUUCAGAGGUCCUUUCACAGAUGUUGUCACUACAAACCUGAAACUAAGUAAUCCCUCAGAUAAAAACAUAUGCUUUAAAGUGAAGACUACAGCCCCGCGGAGAUAUUGUGUGAGGCCUAACAGCGGAGUUAUUGAUGCAGGCACUUCAAUCAAUGUCUCUGUGAUGCUACAGCCAUUUGACUAUGACCCCAAUGAGAAAAGCAAGCACAAAUUUAUGGUUCAGUCCAUGGUUGCUCCAGCAGACUGCCAGGAUAUGGAAGCAGUAUGGAAAGAGGCAAAGCCCGAUGAUUUGAUGGAUUCCAAGCUGCGGUGCGUCUUUGAACUGCCCUCUGAGAAUGAGAAAACACAUGAGCUGGAGAUGAAUAAAGUCACUUCCACUUCACUGAAAACAGAAGCCUCCAUGAUGACAAAAUCAACCAGCUCCUCCCUGGAUGAUUCAGACUUGAGGAAAGUGAUGGACGACUGCAGGAUACUUAAAUCAGAGGUUCAGAGACUCCGUGAGGAGAACAAACAAUUAAAGGAGGAUGAUGGGCUGCGAAUGAGGAGGGUUACUCAGCCUGGGAAUCCUAUACUAUCCAAGAAUGUAAUGAUCAAAGAAGAAGGACCUGCCACUCGGAUGAUCGCUAUGGUUGUCCUGUUCUUUAUCCUGGGGACAAUUGUGGGAAAACUGGUAUUGUAGACAGAGGCAGCAUGCUGGUGGUCUGUUAGCUUGGGUUGUCUUUUUGUUUGAUCUGCCAUAUCAUGGGGUAGAAAUGAUUUCAUGAUCAAAAAUUAAAAUAAAAAAAACACUUUAAUGUACAGCAUCUCACGGGUUCUUGCCUUUCAGUUACCCCUUUGCACAAGCACCGUCAGAUAAUUGGGAGAAACCUUGUGUUAAUUAUAAAGUUGUACAGUAAGUUGCACAUGCAGAGAGUUCUCACAUCAUCGGGUGGGGGUGGGUGGGUGAGGGUCAAGAGAGAACAUUUUGAUGUGGUGAUGGCAUAUUCUAGGUGUCAUUUUAAUCAUGUAAGAUUAUGGUACCUGUCACAGGAUUACCAGUUUAUGUACACUAAAUGAAUGCUGGUGCUGUCUCUGCCACCUGGUGUGUAUAACUGGGCUGGGUGGCUGGGAAAGUGAGCUUAUCAAUCCCAUGUAAGAUUUUCAAAAGCGCCCUGUCUUUCCCAACCCCAAAAGGGAAAAGUGUUGAACAGUUUCAGUCAAUGCCGUCUUUCAGAAUGGCCGGUGUCAGGGUUAGAAAGAAGAUAGAGUAGCAAGAAAAAAACAAAUGGCUAGAUCCACUUACUCUUUAACGUAUUGUCCCAUGCUUUUAUUUGACAAAUAAUAAAGGACCUCCUGUAUUCCAUUUCACACUUAAUACAAGUAACUAAAGUCAAAGAUUGUUACCUGCUAUCUGCUCAACCCACAUUUGGGAGCUUGGUGGACUGACAAGGCCAUUGCUGCUGAGAACCACACUGUGGGAUAGUCGCCCCCACACAUGCCUUAGGCACUACAGUGAAAUUAGAUGUGUACUAUCAGCUUUGAUCAUUCAAUAUUGGACUACAGCAGUUGGGCAACUAUUUUGUAUAUAAUUAACUGUUUAUCAGAGAGAACACAAUGAAUAUUAGUACUGUAGUUAAAUAGUCUAUGCUGUAAUGACCAAUCCUGUUUGGCUAUGUAGCAUCUUAAUAAAGACCCAAAUUUAAAUGA